CUCCUUUUUUCUUCUUCGCCCUUCUCUUUCGCCGAAGAGAGAGAGAGAGAGGGGGGAGGGGGGCCUGCCACCGCUAUUCUCCGGGACUCUUCUGCUGCGCUCGCAGCGAUUCGAAAGAUUUUUUUUUCAUUAUUUAAAUUUUUUUUAAUUAUUUAGCAAGAUCAAUGAUAGCAUCAGAAAUGACAAAAAUGAUAUGGACUUUGUUAUUCGAGAUCUCAAGGAUAGAUUGUUGACCGUUGGAAGCUCACAUCUAUUCAAUUUUUCGAUCUUAGGUGGCAAUCUGGGCGGACAUUUCUUAUGCACGAUGAGAGCUACAUACAGAAGAAUGAUGCGAUCGUCUGCCUAUAUCAAAAAGAGAAGAAGAAGAAGAAGAAGAAGAAGAAGAAGAAGAGAGACAGAGAGAAGGUGCUUCGCGAAGGUCUCGCCUCGCUCCUCCUCUUGCUGUAACCUCCUCCCUCCUCAUCGCCCUUGCUCGUCGGCUUCGAUCCGCCGGCCGUCCGCGCGAUCGCACCAUCGCCCGCGGAGAGGGUCUCCGGCGAGGUAUGCAGUCGGAUCAGAUGGUUUUAAGCGUGGGGCCUGGUGGCGGCGGCAACCGAGGCAGCAGACCCCUUGCCCCCCGCUUCGACUUCGGCGGCUCUUCCCUCAGCUCCUCCUCCUCGGAUCUCCCUGUCCUCAGCCCUUAUGGCGGCGCCGGCACCGCCUGCUUCUCAAGAUCGGAGAUUCAUGGUUUGAAGGUCAUGAAUGCAUUCUGUCAUACAAGAGACCAACUUCUGCAACUUCAUCAGGUGGGAUCUGCACCUGCUCUGGUCAAGGCUGAAGUGCCAUGGUCUGCUCGAAGAGGCAAUCUUACAGAGAAAGAAUGGGUUCUAAAGACAGUAAAGGGUAUAUUGAAUAAGCUGACUUCAGAGAAAUUUGAUGUUCUCAAGGGCCAACUGAUUGAUUCUGGAAUCACGACACCCGAUAUUCUAAAGGAUGUCAUUAAACUUAUAUUUGAAAAAGCUGUUUUUGAGCCUACCUUCUGUCCCAUGUAUGCGCAAUUGUGUUCUGAUCUAAAUGAGAGUCUCCCUCCAUUCCCUCCUGAAGAACUGGGUGGGAAAGUAAUCACUUUCAGGCGUAUACUCUUGAAUAAUUGUCAGGAGACAUUUGAAGGUGCUGACAAUCUGAGGGCUGAGAUUAGAAAGUUGACAGGCCCAGACCAAGAAAUGGAACGUAGAGAUAAAGAAAGAAUGAUGAAGCUCCGCACUCUUGGUAACAUCCGUCUUAUUGGUGAGCUAUUAAAGCAGAAGAUGAUUCCAGAGAAAAUAGUGCAUCACAUCAUCCAAGAGUUAUUGGGGCAUGAUGGCAAACCUUGCCAUGCUGAGGAAAAUGUCGAGGCAAUCUGUCAGGUCUUUAUCACCAUUGGCAAGCAGUUGGAUGAAAGCCCCAAAUCUCGUCAUUUUAAUGAUGUUUAUUUCAACCGGUUGAAGGAGCUGACGACGAACCCCCAGCUUGUGCCACAAUUUAGGUUUAUGGUCCAUGAUCUCCUUGACCUCCGUGCCAACAACUGGGUCCCUCAACGCGAAGAGGUGGGACCUACACUCGCUCUGGUCAAGGCUGAAAUGCCAUGGUCUGCUCGAAGAGGCAAUCUUACAGAGAAAGAACGGGUUCUAAAGACAGUAAAGGGUAUAUUGAAUAAGCUGACUCCAGAGAAACUUGAUGUUCUCAAGGGACAACUGAUUGAUUCUGGAAUCACAACACCCGAUAUUCUAAAGGAUGUCACUAAACUUAUAUUUGAAAAAGCUGUUUUUGAGCCUACCUUCUGUCCCAUGUAUGCGCAAUUGUGUUCUGAUCUAAAUCAGAGUCUCCCUCCAUUCCCUCCCGAAGAACCAGGUGGGAAAGAAAUCACUUUCAAGCGUAUACUCUUGAAUAAUUGUCAGGAGACAUUUGAAGGUGCUGACAAUCUGAGGGCUGAGAUUAGAAAGUUGACAGGCCCAGACCAAGAAAUGGAAUGUAGAGAAAAAGAAAGAAUGGUGAGGCUCUGCACUCUUGGUAACAUCCGUCUUAUUUGUGAGCUUCUAAAGCAGAAGAUGGUUCCAGAGAAAAUAGUGCAUCACAUCAUCCAAGAGUUAUUGGGGCAUGAUGGCAAACCUUGCCAUGCCGAGGAAAAUGUCGAGGGAAUCUGUGAGGUCUUUAACACCAUUGGCAAGCAGUUGGAUGAAAGCCCCAAAUCUCGUCGUUUUAAUGAUGUUUAUUUCAACCGGCUGAAGGAGCUGACGACGAACCCCCAGCUUGUGCCACGAUUUAGGUUUAUGGUCCAUGAUCUCCUUGACCUCCGUGCCAACAAUUGGAUCCCUCGGCGCGAAAAGUAUUUUCUACAGGAUAUCCUGAUGUCUCAACUCACUGCAGAUUCUCAAUGUUGCUCAUUGUUGCUAGAUUGUUUCAACAAGCGAUGCCAUUGUAGUCGCAUAGUAUCCAAAAAAAUUUCAAGUUUUCAAAAAAAUCCAGACAAAUUGUAUUAUAGUUGUAAAGAACUUUGCUUUGUUGAUCGGUGCUUGCCUAUCAAUAAUCAAUUUAGAAGUCAGUCGUUGGUAUCGGUUGAUGAUUCACUUCGAGAUAUUAGAAGAGAAAUUAGUGAUUUAAGGAUAGAGUUAAGAAAGUUGUAUUGUAAGAUUAAAGAAUUAGACGAAAGUAGUGCUGUGAUAAAUAGAUUUUUGGUUGGAAUGCUCGUAUUACUUAUUUUUAUAAUUUUAUUUAUAUUUAAGUGAAAUUAAUUGUAUUAGAGUUUUGGAAAACUUAUUAGUUUAAUGAAAGUUGGCACAAUAUCCAAGUUCAUGUAUGAUCUUAUUUUUUUGAGUUAGAAAUACAAAGUGUGCUUGUUA